GCGGCGGCGGCGGCGGCGGCGGCGGCGGCGGCGGCGGCGGCGGCGGCGCUUGUUGUUCGGCGCCCGCUGCCGUCUGUCCGUCCGUCCGUCGGUCCGUCCGUCGGCGGCCAUGGAGCUAGAGGUCCCGGACGAGGCGGAGAGCGCCGAGGCGGAGGCUGGCCCCGCGGAGGCGUCCUGGGCGGCGGAGAGCGGCGCCGCGGCAGGUGUGGCCCCCAAGAAGGCAGCCCCCACGGAGGCCCAGCCGGUGAUGGGCGCCCCCGGCGCUGGACACGGGAGGAAACUGGGUCACCGCGGGGUGGACGCCUCCGGAGAGACCACCUACAAGAAGACCACAUCGUCCACGCUGAAGGGUGCCAUCCAGCUGGGCAUAGGCUACACCGUGGGGAACCUCAGCUCCAAGCCCGAGCGUGACGUGCUGAUGCAGGACUUCUACGUGGUGGAGAGCAUCUUCUUCCCCAGCGAGGGCAGCAACCUCACCCCUGCCCACCACUUCCAGGACUUCCGCUUCAAGACCUAUGCCCCCGUGGCCUUCCGCUACUUCCGGGAGCUCUUUGGCAUCCGGCCCGAUGACUACCUGUACUCCCUGUGCAACGAGCCUCUGAUCGAGCUCUCGAACCCGGGCGCCAGCGGCUCCCUGUUCUACGUCACCAGCGACGACGAGUUCAUCAUCAAGACGGUGAUGCACAAGGAGGCCGAGUUCCUGCAGAAGCUGCUGCCAGGCUACUACAUGAACCUGAACCAGAACCCGAGGACGCUGCUGCCCAAGUUCUACGGGCUGUACUGUGUGCAGUCGGGCGGCAAGAACAUCCGCGUGGUGGUCAUGAACAACAUCCUGCCGCGCGUCGUCAAGAUGCACCUCAAGUUCGACCUCAAGGGCUCCACCUACAAGCGGCGCGCCAGCAAGAAGGAGAAGGAGAAGAGCGCACCCACCUACAAGGACCUGGACUUCAUCCAGGACGUGCCCGACGGGCUGCUGCUGGACCCCGACACCUUCUCCGCACUUGUCAAGACCCUGCAGCGGGACUGCCUGGUGCUGGAGAGCUUCAAGAUCAUGGACUACAGCCUGCUGCUCGGGGUGCACAACAUGGACCAGCAGGAGCGCGAGCGGCGGGCCGACGGCGCCCAGGGCCCGGCCGACGAGAAGCGACCCCCACCCGGCCAGAAGGCGCUCUACUCCACCGCCAUGGAGUCCAUCCAGGGGGGCGCCGCGCGCGGGGAGUCCAUCGACAUGGACGACACGAUGGGGGGCAUCCCCGCCGUGAACGGCCGUGGAGAGCGCCUGCUGCUUCACAUUGGCAUCAUCGACAUCCUGCAGUCCUACAGGUUCAUCAAGAAGCUGGAGCACACCUGGAAGGCGCUGGUUCACGACGGGGACACCGUGUCCGUCCACCGGCCCAGCUUCUAUGCCGAGCGCUUCUUCAAGUUCAUGAGUAACACGGUUUUCCGGAAGAACUCCUCCCUGAAGUCCUCCCCGUCCAAGAAAGGCCGCAGCGCCCUGCUGGCUGUCAAACCCCUGGGUCCCACGGCCGCCUUCUCCGCCAGCCAGAUCCCCAGCGAGCGCGAAGACGCACAGUAUGACCUCCGGGGUGCUCGCAGCUACCCCACACUGGAGGACGGAGCCCGGCCUGACCUCCUGCCCUGCACGCCACCCUCGUUUGAGGAGGCCACCACCGCCUCCAUCGCCACCACCCUGUCCUCCACGUCCCUGUCCAUUCCUGAGCGGUCGCCAUCAGAGACGUCAGAGCAGCCCCGCUACAGGCGGCGCACACAGUCCUCGGGACAGGACGGCCGGGCGCAGGCAGAGCCCCCCGCCGAUGAGGACCUGCAGCAAAUCACAGUGCAGGUGGAGCCGGUGUGCAGCAUGGAGAUCGUGGUCCCUGCAGAGCAGGAUGAGGGCUUGGAGGACACCCCGGCCAGUGCCGCCACUGCUAGUGUUGCUGUCACUGCUGUGGCCGAAGCAGAGACCGCCAGCCAGGCCUCGGACGAGGAGGACACACCUGCCACUGACAUCUACUUCUUCGCGGAUGGGCGGCAUUGGAUUUGCUCCCCCCGCCGUCGCCGCCUGCGGGCCGUCACGCUGAGCUCCUCGGGGACACCCACGGAUGAGCGCAGCUGGGUGUACUCCCCCCUGCACUAUAGUGCCCCCCAACGCCCGGGCUCCGACGGCGAGAGCGACUCCUAACGUCUACGCAGCUGCUGGACGCCCACCCCUUCCAGGAAGGCCACCCUGCUGCCUGCACCCACCCGCCCACUGUGGGACCAUUGGGGACCCCUGUGCCCACCGUACUGUGAGCCCGGCCCCCCGGCCCCCCAGCCUCCGCCUCACGUAUUUAUUUUGGGGUCCCACCACCCCCACCUCUCCCUGGGCACAGUGCACGAAGGCUCCUGGAGGAAAAGGACCAAGAGAUGCCUCCACCCCCCACCCAGAAAGAAGACUGGGAUUCCACUCAGUGGUACUGGGGGGGCCCACUCCCCGCUCACAUGCAGGGCACCCCCAGAGGGCACUGUGGCCUCACGUCUGCGGCCUCUGGGGGCAUGGGGCCGGAACUCAGGGCUCCAGAGACUCACGCCUCUGACUUGGGGUCCCCCCCUGCCCAGGCCCUGGCUGGGGUCCCCACUUUGUGGGGGAGGACACAGGGCGAGAAGAUGGACCCUUCGGAUGGCCCCUCCCCUCUGGUGUGUUCCUCCUAGCCCAUCGCCCCUGGCUCUCCUGCGCCUUCUGCCCAGCCACUGUCUGUCUGUCUUUCCAUCUGUCGGCCCUGGGACAGACCUCUCGAGGCUGACUUAAAAGAGUUUAGGAGAAACCGCCGCCCCCAGCCCCACCUUGAUAUCAUGAGGACGUUUCUAUUUUUGGUGUGAAGUCACUGAGACCCCAUCCCACCCACCCCCCAACUGGACGGCCAGGAAGCUGUGGAUUCCAGGGCACCCCAGACAAGCUUGGGGGCCGCAGCCCAGGGUCACCCCAGGAUGGAAGUCAGUAAAUACCUGGGAAGCCUUCUGUGUGUCCCGCGCCCCCCAGCCACCCCCCAGCACCUGGCUCAGUGCAAUACCCCCACCUUGGGGGGAUCCCUCGCCAAGGUACUGUCCCCCACAGCUCCGACCCUGCCUCCCCAUUCCUCUGGGGCUCCCGCCAGCCCCCCAAAUCCAGGGGGACAGACAAUCCCCAGUUCGGUUCCCUUGGGCGGGGCCCUGGGACCCAGCCUGGGCGUGGGGAACCCACACAGCCAUUCCUGGUGUCCCCCAAGUGGCAGGCGUCUGCAGCCCCAGACUCCCCCAUCCCCCUUUUUACAUCCAGAUGUCUCCAAUAAAUCGGGUAAUGAGCUC